CGGUUUUCACUCUUUCGGUCUCAAAUCACACACAAAUCAGUGUUGCUGCUGCGGACGGAGUCCUGGUGAUUUAAGAAGCUACUGAAGCAAGUUUGAAAGGGAAUUUCAGUAUGAGCAAGUCUAGGGAUAGGAUCAGUAACUUACCUGAAUCACUUCUGCACCAUAUCAUUUGUUUCCUGGAAAUCAAGGAUGGCGCUCGUACUAGCGUAUUAUCGAAAAGAUGGAACUCAAUUUGGACCUCCAUCCCCACCCUUAGGUUCCACAUGCCUCUUUCCUGUUGCAUCCCUCCCUCAUCCGCCGAGACCGAUAAAUUCAUGGAUUUUGUGGAUGGAACAUUGCAUCGUCAUAAUUCGUCAAAUAUAGAUAACUUCUUUCUCUUCUGGCGUGAGCACUUGAAUGAAACUCGGGUUCAUUCAUGGAUCUCUACUGUAACAAGGGGGACGUUAAAGAGCUCCGUCUAUACUUAAACCAAACUCAACCCUUAUUUAUCCCAGUAUCUCUUUUUACUUGUGAAUCACUGACAUCGUUGGAGCUAGGAGCAGAAAAUAAUGUCACUCUUCCUAAAUAUAUUUCUUUUCCAAGACUCAAGCGCCUUAAACUUCAAAAAUUUGAGUUUAGCGACGAGUGCUGGAAUGAUGAACUCUUUUCAAAUUCCACUGUCCUUGAAGAGUUGAUUCUGGACUUCUGCAUUUUUCGUAUGAGGAAUUUCUGUAUUUCAAUUCCUACGUUGAAGCUUUUGAGAAUUCGUUGUUCGGAGCACGUGAUAGAUGGUUUACAAGACUGUGCUCUCAGAAUUAAUGCACCAAGUCUGUUGACAUUCGCCUACUGGGCCGAUGUUGCAAAAGAAUAUGCCAUGCCUAGCUUUCUAACGCUGGUGGAAGCAGAUGUUCGCUUUAAAUUAGGAAAAAAAGGUGCGCAAAUAAGUCUGUUACUUCGAGCCCUUGCACAUGUGAAACGUCUAACUUUCAGUGAUUCAACCCUACAGGCUAUCUGCUCUGCAUAUGAUUUGUCGAACAAUUUGCUGUCAUUUCAUAAUGUCAAAGUGUUGAACGUAUCUGACGUAUUAACCACAGAUCAAGGACUUAUUGCUUUGCUCAAAGCAGUACCUAAUCUGGAGUUGCUCGUAUUUAACGAGUAUAUGAAUGAUGAAGAAGAAGAAGAUAGUGAUGAGGACGACAGUGAAGGCGCUCAGGACGAUGAUCCCGACUCUGUUGAGGGCGAAAACAACCAUGGCAAUGAAGACAAAGGAGAUGUCUCUGACGCUGUUGAGUGUGACGACGAAAGCAAAUAUGGCAAUGAUGAAGAUGAUAGUUGGGCGCUCAGUACUGUGACCACUGGGUGUUUGUUUCCACAUCUUAAAUCAGUUUUCUUUGAGCAAUUUGUUGGGAACCCAAGGGAGCUGAAGUGGGUGAAACUGAUUUUGAAGAAUGCAAAAGCUUUGCAAAUGAUGAAUAUUCGUGUCUAUGGUGAUUAUUUCUGUUUUGUAAUUGGGAAAAGUGAAGAAGAACUUAUGGCAGAGAUACCAAGUUUUCCAAGAGCCUCAACAGGUUGUGUGUUUAGAUUCUGUUCUUUGGAUGGGAUCUCGGUUAUUCAUUGAAAACAAAAUUAGGUUAAAAUCAGCUUUAUUUCAGUCUCUUACUGUACAUCCGACUGUUAUUCAUUUCUGAUUCAGACUCAGAAAAUGGUGAACCAUAUGAAGAAUCCCAAAAAUGAAACACGAGUCUGAGGUUUCUGUUGUAGACUGCAAAUUUGUCUGUCUGGCUUGAAAAUUACAAUUACAAUUUGUU